CCCGCUCCGGGACCUGAGCGCCGCGGACGAGCGGAGAGAACCCGGUGUCCGCCAGCCGGAAAGACGGCCGCGGAGUCGGGGACGCUCGCCGGCUAGAAGCACGUAACCCGCCGGGUUCUGUUUCUUUUCCCUGCAGGGCAGGGUACGGCCUGCGCGGCUCUGGCCGGCGCCGAUCUGUUUCUCAUUUAGCUUCCCGGAGGAUAUUUCGAAUGAGCAAAGAGAGCGAGAGGAGGCCUUGUUAUGGCUUUUCCGAAAACGCCCUCCACCUCGCUGAACUCGGCGUCCACAUCCGAGGGCAGAAAGUUCAGUGUGUCUGCAUCUAAGGAAGAGGCAAGAGGACUUCCUGAGCUAAAGGAGAAAAGAACUACAGUAGAUCGUUCAAAACUGCUUCCUACUUCCCUACAGAAUGAGUCUAUCCCUGAGGAAGUUCUUCUUUCUCUGACUUCUGCAGCUAAUGCUGGUCCUUGUCCUGAAAACUUACUGCCUCCUAAGAAAGUUAAAACCCCAAAGGGUACUCUUCCACGCCCUGUAGACAGUGUCUGGCAUCACCCUAUUCGGAGAAGUAAAUUCAAAUACUUGAUUGAUCAUCCCGUCUCCCUAACAGGAGCUGGAAGGGAUAUUUCUUUUCUCUAUGAUAUUAAACAUGUAAAAGGGGAGACUAGGGAGAAUACAAUUUGUCCCCCAUAUUUGGACCGUUCCUUACAGUUACAUGAUGGUGUCAUUGUGCCUCAUAAGCCAAAGACACUAACAGAUACUUUGGUUCCUGAAGAAUUUCAUAUCGUGUCGAGUACAGGAGUCUCAGGUUUGGAGUGUCAUGAUGACAAAUAUACUACUCUCCUCACAGAUAGUGAAAACAGGCUAUUGCUUUUCCCAUCCAUGAAACCUAAUAAAAGAGUAGAAGUGAUCCAGCUGAAUAAUGUGAUGGAUACCAUGCUAGAGAGGGCUGGUGUGGAAAGUCAGGAAUACUCAGGACCGACCAAGAUGCACAAACUACUACAUAUAUUGAAGAAAGAACAGACUAUUUACAAUACAGUAUUUCAUGAACUUAUUCGACAAGUUAGUGUGGACUGUGUGGAUAGAGGAGAGCUGCUUUCCAAAAUCAGAGAGAGAUAUGUACAAAUGCUUGAUCAGACUGCCCGACAGAUGAUUGACUUCUAUAAAGACUUGGUCACUCAGCGAGUGAUGGACCAGCGCAUUUUAGAAGAACUGUAUAAUUUCAAGAAUGUUAUUGAGGAACUGACCAGGGAACUGUGUCUGGUUCGGGCUCAUGAUGUAAAAUUAACAAAGGAAGCAGAGAAGGCUCAUAAGGAUUUGGCACAAGCUCUUUUAGAUGCUGAAAAGAAUGCCAAAAUUGUGGAAGAAUACCAUGACUUAUAUACAUUACAAAGAGGAAGGAUGGAGAAUGAUAUUAGACAGUUAAUAGCAGAAAGAGAUAUCUGGAGCUCAGCCACAUACAAAUUGGCCCGAAAGGUAAUUGAAAGAAAUAGAGUUACAUUGGCUGAGAAACUUUACCUCAAUGAAAAAGGCUGGCUUAACUAUUCUAAGCAUUUCAUCAUAUUGCUGUCAAACAAGGACACUGCAGACCUUGCGUUGUUACAGAAGUUGACACAAAAGUGGAGAAACUUAAUGAAUAAGUUUAGACAGGAGAUAGAACAAACUGAAGAGUCUACAAGUGAGAAAUUGCAAAUGAUCAAGGAAGGCCUUAUCAAAUGGCAGCAGUUCUUCAGAAAUAAUAAUGAAAAAGACAUUUUAUUCCUUAGUAAGGGAAACAUAGUCGACACAGUGGCCUCAGACUUCAAGCAGUGGCAAAAAGUGCUGAGUGAGGAAAGAGAAAAGUUUACUGGGGAUAGUCUAGUGUCAAAAUAUGAUUCCCUCAAGAUUAUCAAACAUUUACAAGAAAACUGGGCAGAAGUUGGGCUUAGGAUAUUUGGUCGCCAUAAAAAUAUGGAGGGGGUGAUGCCACCAGAGCAAAAGUACAUGGACGAAAUUAUCAAAAGUAUAAGAAGACUCUACAGAGAAUACGAAAUAAGAAUAACUGGGGACAAUGGUAUCUCUAAAAGUCUUUCAAGUGUGAUUAGUUCUCUUGACUUCUGUUCUUUCAAGUUGGAAAGUGUCCUGGAGUUUCCUGAUGUGCUUCUUGAAGAAUUGGCAAUAGUUAAUGAAAAAAUUAAUGAAAUGAAGCUACAUUUUGAUUUAAUGUUAAAUGUUAUGGGUACUGUUCCACAGUACGUAGACCUGGAUUCUGGCUUGGUACUCCAAGCCAAUAUAUUUAGCAUGAUUCAACAAUGGCUUUUGAAGAUGGGCAAUGAAAUUAAUAAUGGUAACAUUGAACUUCAGCACCACAUGGAUGAAUUGCAUAUAUCUAUGAUCCAGUGGAUGGUAAAUUUGCUGAUUAUAAUGAUACCUGACUUUCCUGACCAAGACACUUUCCUAACUUUGGAAGAGGAAAGUGCUGAAAAGAAAGAGCUAAGAGUUGCACAAUUAGAGCUAGAUGCAAUUGCACUGGCAAGAAAGCUGUCCCAAUACUCCACCUAUUUGAGCAGUUGUUGCAAAGGGAUAGUAACAGCAAAGGCUCUGAAUAAGGCAGGUCACUUACAGAAACAUCCUGCUGAGGAACUUCAUGAGCUAGAGAAGAUGAAGAAGGAAUGUUAUGAGUGGAUCCGCACAUGCUCUUAUCUCCUUUCUGACAUGAAAGGUACAAAAAUUAAGUUAUUGACAUAUGAAGAAGCAGAGCAACUACUUGGAGAAGAGGUAGCUAUAAAAGAAUUCAUUGAACCUGAACCAGACAAGUCUUUUGAAGAGGAUGAAGAAGAAAGUAAUACUGAUAAGAAUGCUCAGGUAGAAGAGGAAAAAAGAAAAGUAGAAGAGAAACCAUCAACAUCUACAGAGGAGGAAAAACUGAUUCGAUUCAUUGGAGAAGAUGAAAAUAUUCAUUCCAAACCUCUGUUUAGAACAGAUGAGUUGUCUUCUUGGAGAGAAUCUGCUAAACAAGGUACAUUGGCCCAAAAGUAUGCCGAAGCUAUGGCUGUAAUUGAACAUAUGCAGCAGAAGUUAAUGGAGGUUGAAAGCAGAGCCAGAAAGGCAGAGGAGAAAUUUGAGGAUGCAAAUGAGAAACUUCAUUAUACCCUUAUAAAAAAUAAAAAUCUGGAGGAGGAAUUAGAGGGAAUAAAGACAUCAGAGAAUGUACCUGAAAGGAAAGACGAAAAUGAAGAAGAAAGAGAAGGAGAAGAACAAAAAGAAGAGGAAGAAGAAGAAGAAGUCAAGCCAAGAGAAAGUUUGUCAAAAUCUCUAAAGAAAGGUUGA